ACAUUGGUUUCCUCAAGCGCCGUCGUUAGUACCCGGACACACUACAGUACCGCGCAGAAACUAGAGAACCAGACAUCAAGGCAGUGAAAUAACGUGUUUCUCUAUGUACAAUCACACCCCCAAAUCUCGAUCGAUCUUCCUACACAGUAAUCCACCGAGGAAAUCCCACCAACGCGCUCCUCAUCCCAGCCCGUCGCGUCAGGAUUCAGCCCGGAACAGGUUCACGGUUCACAUCGCCCCCCAAAGUCGCGGAGUCCUUGCCCGGCCAAUCAUCCCCGUGGACGUUGAUGUAAUAACCCCCUUCCAGAAAAGCCCAGGAACCAAAACUUGAGUCUCCAGAGUAGGAAAGCCAACCAACGCCAUAGUCGGCCGGGAAUCGGGGCAGACCCAGGACAGACGUUCCCAGUCCUCCUGGGCACAUUGACGAUCGAGUGGACGCUGAUGCUCUGCCGCCC